UUGCGUCAUUUCUGCAGCAGUGAUGGCCGCUGCAGCGAUGGACACCACGUAAAUAAACCUCUCCUCGCAGCGACUCGGCGGUGCUUUGCCGUCAGCGCGGGUUGUUUUUUUUUAUCCAGACAAAGUGCAAACAAAACACAACCAAAACCACAACCACAACACGCUGUAGCAGCGUGUGGUCAUGGCGACCGGGAGCGGAGGCGGGUUGGCGUGCAGCCUUGAGCCGGAGGCAGCGGCGUCCAGCUCGGUGCAGAGCGGGGCCGCGGCGGCGCCAGCGCCCUCCAGCCUGCCGGCAGCCUCUGCUCCCACCCUGGCCGCCUCCCCGCCGGAGCUCGGCCUCCACAGGGGGCCCAUGUACAACUGGCAGGCGAGCAAGAGCUCCCUGAAGGAGCGCUUCGCCUUCCUCUUCAACAACGAGCUGCUGAGCGACGUGAGGUUCGUGGUGGGGAAGGGCCGGCAGGCCCAGCGCACGCCGGCACACAGGUUCGUGCUGGCCGCCGGCAGCGCCGUGUUUGACGCCAUGUUCAACGGCGGCAUGGCCACCACCUCGGCCGAGAUAGAGCUGCCCGACGUGGAGCCCGCAGCCUUCCUUGCCCUGCUCAGGUUUCUGUAUUCUGAUGAAGUCCACAUCGGUCCGGAGACUGUGAUGACAACUUUGUAUACAGCCAAGAAGUAUGCUGUUCCGGCCCUGGAGGGCCACUGUGUGGAGUUCCUUACCAAGCACCUCAGAGCCGACAACGCAUUCAUGCUUCUCACUCAGGCAAGGUUAUUUGAUGAACCUCAACUUGCCAGUCUCUGCUUAGACACCAUAGACAAGAGCACUGGGGACGCAAUAAAUGCAGAAGGCUUUACAGAUAUUGAUCUUGACACGUUGUGUGCAGUGCUAGAGAGAGACACACUCAGCAUCAGGGAGAAUCGCCUGUUUGAAGCAGUGGUACGCUGGUCAGAGGCUGAGUGUUACCGACAACAGCUUCCCCUGAGCUCGGAGAACAAGCAGAAGGUUCUGGGGAAAGCGCUUCCACUCAUCCGUUUCCCGCUCAUGACUGUUGAAGAAUUUGCUGCCGGGCCUGCCCAGUCUGGAAUAUUGUUCGAUCGGGAGGUGGUAAAUCUGUUUUUACACUUUACAGUAAACCCCAAACCACGGGUCGACUACAUUGACAGGCCCCGCUGCUGCCUCAGGGGGGAAGAGUGCAGCAUUAAUAGAUUCCAGCAGGUUGAGAGUCGAUGGGGGUACAGUGGCACCAGUGACAGAAUCAGGUUCAAUGUAAACAAAAGAAUAUCCAUAGUGGGCUUUGGCUUGUAUGGUUCAAUACAUGGACCCACUGACUAUCAGGUCAACAUACAGAUCAUAGAGACAGACAAACGCAUUACGCUGGGACAGAAUGACACCGGAUUUAGCUGUGACGGCACGGCAAACACCUUUCGAGUGAUGUUCAAAGAGCCGGUGGAAAUCAUCCCCAGCGUCAGCUACACUGCAUGUGCCACCUUAAAGGGUCCAGACUCCCAUUAUGGCACCAAAGGCCUGAAGAAAGUCACCCAGGAAUCAGCAGCAGGGACCAAGACGACGUUUUUCUUUUUUAGUUCACCUGGAAAUAAUAAUGGUACGUCAGUGGAGGACGGGCAGAUACCAGAGAUCAUCUAUUACACAUAAACUUAACAAGUUGCCAUACCGGUACAAUGAGCCAGGGAGACCUCACAUUACUGGGAAGACUGGACUGCUACAGAUGGACUUAGUGCCUCAGGAUCCCCUGGAAUGUGUUUGAGUGUGUAUAUGCUGUAUCUAAGACUUUGGUGUAUAAAAUAGUGAUUGACGUACAUAAUCAGGAAUGUGGAACGGCUUGUGGUAAAAUCACAGCUCUGCUGGUAAAACAAAAAAAAAGUUUUGGGGCAUAAACUUAAUUAUUCAUCUGUAAAAAAUCUAAACAGCUAUGUCCUAUGAGUGUGUUAUUGUAAACUGUGUUGCAGAAGUUUAUACUGCACAAGUAAUACUACAGAGACGACUAGCAUUUGUUAUUGAUGCCAACUCAUUUCAUCAGUUUGGCUGAUGCAUUUAUCAAAAGUAUAAUUACAUAUUUUUACUGUGCACUGUUCUUGUUUAUUAUGCAUGUGUUCAAGUAUUUUGUGUCUCCAGUGUACACAUGCUUCAUGUCUGUUGUGUAAUUUUACAGGUGGUACAUGCUGUAACUUAAAAUGUCAGGAUUGCUUAUACCUUCAUUAAAAUGUAAAACAAGCAAAAAUGACAAAAAAGAAGUUCCUGGACUUUUAAGUUUAAAUAAAUGAGGGGGAAAUAUUUUUAGCUUUUUUUGGCAAUAAAGCAGAGUGUGACUAAA